AUGAGCAAUCACUCGAAAUCACUUAUUCAUAGCAAGCGAUUUCUCAUCAUCAUUUCAUUUCUAAUUUCUGUGGUUGUGGGAUUUACGAUUUGGUGGUUUUCAACAGGAGCCUAUCAAUCAUUAUUUCCUCAUGAUGAUAUUCGGAAAUUAUUAGAGUAUGAUAUUUCUUCCUUGAAUUCAUUACUGGUACCAAUCCGAUUGAAAAUUCAUGUCCUUCACAAGAAAGAUCUAAAUGUGGAAACGCUGAAAGAGAAAUUUAGAACUUGGAAAUCGGACCACAUUGAAGGCGUUGAGUUUUAUGAAUACUCAUCAGUUUUGAACAUUCAUGUCGAAAGAAACAAUUCUGAGCAGCUUCAACCUGUUGAUGAUCUUUUGCUCAAAUGGUCUCAAACAAAUAGACACUACAAACCAAAUACUUAUAAUUUAUUUAUCAUUUUGAGUGAUGAAAAACCAUCCAAUCAUAUACUUUAUCUUGGACAACACAGACAUGCUUGGAUUGUUACUAACGGUCCAAUUACCGAAAAUUUUCUAUCGACCACCUCCAAAUUAUUUUACAAUAUUUUAACAAACAGACAUACCUCUUCAAACCCAAAGUCUUAUGUAAUAGAAAAUACUUUUGAAAAGAAAAACGAAGACUUUAUUUAUGAUGACACCGACAUUACUGUCAAUAAGAUCGCAACCAAGUACAGAAUUACUUUGACUCUUGUAAAUAUGAAACCAUACAAAAACUAUGUCUUUCAAUGGAAUUCACCAGGUGAAUACGAAAAAUAUAUUAGAGGUUUUACUGAUAGGCUCUCCGAUUUGGCUGAUUUUAUUGUUGAUUGGAAAACAAUUUUAUAUGGUGAAUUACCAACCAAGAGUGGAGGCCUUUCUACAAAACAAGCUGACUUAUCAAGGCUUAGAAAUUAUCAUUCAUUCAGAACGUUCGAAAGGACAGAUUCUACAACAAUGCAAAACAUUACAGACCUGACUGUAUCUGAUCCAAAAAACAAUAACCAAGAAUACCAUGAAAUUGAAGCAAGGAGUAUGCAAUUUUUACUUAAUGAAAACAACGAUUGGAAAUUUGUGUCACAAGACGCGAACGAAACAUCUAUUCAAUUACUUCUUCUCGUUCCACCUCGCGAAUAUACCCCAUUAAUGAUAAAGAAGUAUGAUGGAUCUCUUAGCGAGCACAAUUCAUAUAUUAUUCCAAGAUGGGGAGGAGUAUUGGUUUUCAACCCAUCCAAGUUCGUUUACAGAGGAAACUCUACUGACAUUAGAUACCUUAAGGACCAAGACAUGCAGUACAUCAUGAAACUAUUUUCAUCUCAGCUUCGAAGAUUACUCUCCAUACCAGCUCCAGUGCCUUCAGUUGUUUUUAUUAAUGAGCCAGGACAAGGAAAAACAGAAUCUAAAAUUCAUGUGAUGCAGAUUCCAUCAGCAAUCUACGGAAUUUCUCAAUGGGAAAUAGAUCAACUAUCACGACAUAGAGUUCAGAAUAACUUAUUGCAAGCAACUGAGACUUUACAAGCAAUGUCGAGAGUUGUGCAUAACAUGCCAAAUGUCUAUGUCAUGGAUGUAGUGGCUGAAUUAACAAGACAAUCUAUUCACGCUAUCGAAGAUGCCAUUUCGCUGUUAAGUACAGGCAUUAACCACGAGAAGGAUAUGACAAAACUGAUUCAUCUUUCCAAGAGUGCAAUUUACAAUGCCCUAAAAGCAUUCAGCCAUGAAUCCAUGUUAUCAAUGUUGCAUUUUCCUGAUGCUCAAAAACUUGCUGUCUAUCUUCCACUAAUUCUUCCAAUUCUUGUUACGAUUUUAGUUGGCUUAAAGAGAGAGCGAAACAUUAUUCGUGACAAAUCUAAACAAAAACAAGAUUAA